UCAUGCGUCGCUUCAAUGCUACUUUACUGAGGCUGCAGAGGAGAUUUAGGGUGCUUUGUUGGGAUGUUAGGUGUUGUAUUUUGUAGUUUACAGACGUUUUGGUGAAAAAUCUGAAACCUUUAAAUAUCUUUGGACUGUUUAAAGAAACAAGCACAAACAAGCUUGAGUCUGCAGGUCCAUAGUGAAACUGCAACAUAUACAAUGUGUAACCAGGCAACGCAGGACUUUGAGAGAGCUAUGUUUGGCUCGUUAGACGUGGUACUAAGCAGCAUUAGAAGACAAAGGGAAUAGAAGCCAGGUAAGUCAGGUAAAACAGUCAGUUUAGGCCUUGUUAUUGGUGGAUUCACGUAUACAUUGCUUUUGCAUGAAUAUUAAUCCAUAAAACUGUGUUUGCAAAAACCGAAGACGAGAAAUACACUUCAAACAUGCAAAAACAGCUUAGUGUAGGCAACCUGUAUAGUCACAUAUAGAUAUGUCCACCAAGCUGUGGAGGAGAUGAACAAAAACUAAUUUCUGACUGAUAAGUUCUCUGUGAAAACCACUGCUACACCACUCUAAUAAUGAGCUUUAAGGAAAAUUACCAGCUACACAGCAUUGUGUGAAAGUAUGUUUUACAGUCUACUAAAUUAAAACUGAAAGCUGAGUAUCUGCAAGGGUUUUUAUUCUCAACCUUAAGGGGGAUCUGAGUGAAGGGAGCGCAGCUCGUAUUCCUACUUUAAUAUCAUCAUAGUCAUUUGAAUUUAAGUGUUUGCAAUGGAAAGAACUAUAAAUGUGGUUUUAAAUGUCUGCCUGUGUUUGAACAUUCAUGUCUGAGAGUCUGACGUGCCGGAAGGAUGACAGAAAGGGGGAGAGCGUGUGUGUGUGUGUGCGCGCGCAGUAUGUAUGUAUGUGUGUAACUGCGAGUGAGGCUGGAGGAGAGUGCGACAGACCAGGAGGAGAGUGGAGUGAAAGAGCCGCACAUUGUUCAGACUUAAGGCUUCAACCUGAGUUUACGCAAAGGAAUAACAACACAGGAACACACCGGAGCCAGUGAGCUCGGCUAAGUCGGCAGGAUGUCAGCUUUCAACUGUUCUUUUGAUUUAAUGACUGAAAACGGAGAGUGGCUUUGUCCUAAAGGAGAAGCAUGCACCAAUAUUACUCAUGGCAUGAAUGGGACCUUUCAUAAUCUCACACAUCUGACAGAGCAAGGGUACCUGGAAAAAUAUCUGGGUCCUCGUCGAUCACCUGUGUUCCUCCCCAUCUGCCUGAUGUAUCUGAUCAUCUUCCUGGUAGGCGUUGUGGGGAAUGUGCUGACGUGCACCGUCAUUGCACGCAACAAAGUCAUGUGGACGCCAACAAACUACUACUUGUUCAGCUUGGCCGUGUCAGACCUGUUAGUGCUACUGCUUGGCAUGCCGUUAGAGCUGUAUGAGCUGUGGCAGAACUACCCCUUUCUUCUGGGAACAGGAGGCUGCUACUUUAAGACCUUCUUAUUUGAGACGGUCUGCUUGGCAUCCAUCCUAAACGUGACGGCACUGAGCAUAGAGCGUUACAUCGCUGUGGUCCACCCGCUGCGAGCAAAGUAUUAUGUGACACGUACUCAUGCUAAGAGAGUCAUUCUCACUGUGUGGGGUGUAUCAGUUUUGUGUGCUGUGCCCAAUACAAGCCUGCAUGGGAUUGUCUUCUUGCACAGUUGUUCCACAGACCCUGCUGGAACCAUAAAUGUGGAGAUUCCUGACUCAGCCAUGUGCACGUUGGUGAAACCACGCUGGAUGUACAACCUGACAAUCCAGAUGACCACCUUGCUUUUUUUUAUUCUGCCCAUGCUCACAAUCAGUGUUCUUUACAUGCUCAUUGGGCUGCAGCUAAAGCGUGAAAAGAUGCACCAGGAACUGGAGCCAAAAUCUGGUUUCGGACAAGACAGCUGCUGUAACAUCCGCGCACAGCAGCAGAAGGCACGUCGCCGGCAAGUCACUAAAAUGUUGUUUGUCUUGGUUGUGGUUUUUGGAAUCUGCUGGGCUCCAUUUCACACUGACCGGCUAAUGUGGAGUUUCAUCAGUGACUGGACUGACACCCACUUGGAAAUCUUCCAGUAUGUGCACAUCACCUCCGGAGUGUUUUUCUACCUCAGCUCAGCAGUCAACCCGAUCUUGUAUAACCUCAUGUCAACACGCUUUAGAGAAAUGUUCAAGGAGGUCAUGUGCCAUCGGCCACAUCCCAUCACUCCCAGAAAACAUUCGCUCAGUGUCACCCGGGUGACGCUUCGCAGUACCCUGAGCGACGCGCCGCUCAGCAACGGAGCUGCUGUUGUUGAGGCAGAAGACGAAGAAGUGAGAAUGAAAUAUGAGACCAGUUUUUCUUGUUAAAAACAAACAAACACAUUUUAUGUCAUGUUAUGGGGGACACGUGUUAAGAGAGACUUGCUUGUUCUGAGCCAGUGCAUCCAUCAGCUGUCAUCAACAUCCAGUCUGCACAGAUGCAUCAGCAAAAUAUCUAAAAUAGUCUUAAGUGGAAGAGUUGCAGAAAAAAAGUGCACUCCUCUGCUGAAGCUGUCAGACCGCUGUCUGUUUUGAAAACUUAACCCAUAACUCAGCAAAUCACACACCCCACAUGAACACUAAACUUUUUUAAGAGGGGAGGCUUAUGCCAAUCAAGCUAUAAAAUAUGUUCCAUGAAUGUACACUAGAAUGUCAGCCUGAGUUUCCUGAAGCCCCUUCCGUGUAUAAAGUGCUCAAUACAGGUCACUACCAUACAUUGCAAAAAAAGUAAUGCACUACAUUGCUGUGGUUACAUUACUUUCAUGUUACUCCAAAAAGCACAUUGUUACAUAAUUACCAGUUAACAAUAUAAACUUCUGAUUAUCCUAGGAACCACAAGUAAGCCUGCAGUCUGUCAGUGAAGUGCUCUAUUUGGAUGAUAUGGUCCUGUGAGGUCUUUAAGAUCAGCCUGACUAUGUUAGAUCUUGUAUUUUAGGAGGAGGAUUUUAAAUUAGAUUCAGAAUUUAACAGGGAGCCAAUGAAGAGAAGCCAUUACGUUAGAUAUAUGUGCUCCUUCUAGUCCCCAUCAGUACUCUCGCUGCAGCAUGCUUUUAAAUGAUGACAUCGGUGUAAUCUGAGAACCUGCAUUCUCAACUUGCACUACAAGAGAGAAGUGUGGAACUCAACUAGUCCUGAAAUCUACAGGUUUCUUUAUAUAAUAAUGGCAGGAGGCCACUGAAAAAACAGUUUAUUUAAGCAGGGCCUCAAACAUAACUCCCCAAAUAUCUGCCAAUAGACAUUACCAAGAUGGCUGCCAAGUGGUCAGACUUGUGAACCAAUAAAUGUGAAAGUCAGAAAGAAGCCAUAUUUGUGUGUACAGUAGAAAAUGCUCUAAAUGAUUAAAUUAUUGAGGAGUAAUCUAGAUAUACAGUUUGCAGACACAAUAAUAAAAUGACCAGUUGUGUUGAAUUUAUGUUAUUUGUUAAAAUACUAUGAAUACAAUUUUGAAUGUAAAAUAUUAAUGUCUUUUGAUGUAAGAGGUAAAGUACACUGUAUGUAUAUCAAAUUAUUGGUUAUUUCUAUAAUCACAAACUACCUUGAUGAGCAUUUGAAAAAUGUGUAUGUGUACUUCUUAUACUGGUGUUUUAAUGCUUUGUGUACUCUUAAGAGUGGUAAUAUAAAUGUUCUUUACUCACUGUUGCCGUUCAAAGUCUCAAAGAUGUAACGUUUACACUCAAACCUUUGAAGUGGAUUUUUUCCGAGUAUUAUGUUGAAAACAAAACAUAUUCAAUCUUAGCUGUAAAUGU